AUGAGUAACUCCCUUGAAGAAAGAUUGAAAACUCAUUCCAAUGCUUUUGAUGGUUUGUUAUCUUUAAUACCAGCAAAGUAUUAUUAUGAUGAAUCUACUCAAGAUCAAUGGCAGCAGAAGAAGAAAUCCAAAGAUGAAUUGAAGCAAAAUAAAAGGGAUAAAUUAGAUCCUAGUAAAAAUUUAUCUAGUGCCGAAGACGUUAUGAAGGAAAGAGCCAAAACCGCUCAACCAGUUCAAUUACCAAAGAAAUUUGAAAGACCUGUUGAAGUCGAUGAAGAUGAAGAUGAAGAUGAUGAUGAAGAAGAAGUUGAGAUACCCGAUAUGGAUGUUGAUGAUGACAGUGAUGACAGUGAAGAAGAACAAGAACAGACUAAGACUGAAAAACCAGUGGCCAAAGAAGUACCUUCAAAAGUAAACAAAGAAGAAUCACAAGAUGAUGAUGAAGAUAGUAUUCAAAUUGAAUUUGAUGACGAAGGAAAUGAAAUAAAUGAAACCAAUGAGCAAAACUCAGAAGUUUCAGAAAAACCAUCCAAACCUCUCAAGAAACAAUUGAGUGAAGAAGAAAUAAAACAGAAAGAAGAAAGGUUGAAGAGAAUAAGAGAGAAAUUAUCUAGUAAAAUUAAUAAUUUAAGAGAAAAACGAAAAGCCCCAGGUACUAAAAAUGGUGGACCUGUCAAAUCAAGGGAACAAAUGUUAGCAUAUAGAGAGGAAUUAAAGAAACAAGCCAAAAAGAGAAAGCAUGAUGAAGUUGAAGAAAGUGAUAGUGAAAGUGAAAGUGAAUCCGAAAAUGAGGAAGAAAAGGAACAAGUAUAUUUCGGUAAUAUAACCUUCAAUGACGGUACUAGAGUAACUAGUGACUUAACAAGUAGUCGAAACACCGCUGAAAGGAAAAAGAAAGGACCUGCUAAUAAUGACAUUAAAGCCCAUUUAUUAAAAUUGGAGAAGAAAAAAGCCAAAUUAGCACAAUUAACCCCAGAAGAACAAACUAAAUUAUUAGAAAAGGAUAAAUGGCAAAAAUUAAUGAACCAAGCUGAAGGCAUCAAAGUCAAAGAUGAUGAAAAAUUAUUGAAAAAAGCAUUGAAAAGAAAAGAAAAGAAGAAGUUAAAGAGUGAACUUGAAUGGAGAGAUCGUAAACAAAUUGUUAAAGAUACUAUAAGUGCAAAGAUUAAAAGAAGAGAUGAAAAUUUGAAACAAAGGAAAGCCAAUAAAGGAAAGAAGAGAAAAGACCAAGUGAGAUUAAAGAAAUUCACAGGUAUUGUUAAUAAUACUAAGUCUAAUCCAAAAAACAAGAAGAAAAGAGCUGGCUUUGAAGGUUCAGCCAAAUCUAAGAAGAAAUAG